UUUGAGAAAAAGUGGACCUAAACAAAAAAAAAACUUAAACCAAAGCCGACGCCGACGAUCAAUUGACGACAAUAGCUCAUAGAUAUUGUUUCAAAAUCAGACGAGCUGAAAAUUAAUGUUAAUGAUUUAUAAUACAAAUAUUGACUGUAAUGUUGCCGCUUACACGCCUAUUUUGUUUUCCCAGAAUACACUUCUGUCUCACCUGUAUAACGACAAAUCGUUGCCUAGUAACAAUUCUCCCGCGUGGUUAUUGGUAAACGACAUUUUACAGUUUAUCUAAUUGACUAAGUCUGUAGAAAGGGAAAUAUGAGCAAUUCUUGUAUAUAUCAGCUAAGCUUUUUGCACACAGAAAAUAAUUUGCUAUCUAAUCGGUAGGGAACGACAAAAGAAGUGGUUUUGCUGUUAAAAGAAAAGAUUAGAUGAAAAUUUGAGGAAUAAAUACUGAAUCUUCUUUGUAGACUAAACCAGAAUCUAUAUAUGACAGGAUGGUGACAAGUGGUUAAAAUCUCCAACUCGUCGCCAUGACAACAGGAAUCUUUAGUUCUACAGUGGAAUAUGACAAUACAACAAUACCGGAAACAGAAGGACCAGAGGUCUGGUCAAUGCCUUUUGCUGCAACGAUUGUCACUGUCGUCUACUUAGCUCUCAACGCGAUAGUCGGGUUGUCGGCCAACUGUUUACUUAUCAUUAUCAUCAACCAUUCACCGACGCUGAAAACGCCGGCAAACAGUCAUUUGAUUAAUAUAUGUGCCAACAAUCUUGUUUUGUGUUUGUGCAUGGUGCUGUCUUUGCUGUCGAUAUUGUUGCCAUUGGAUUUAAGAAACAAGAUAAAUAUUCUUACAGGAUUUCACGUGUUUCUAAUAUCAAACUGUUUGUUUCAGUACUGGGGAACUUUUGCGUCAAUUGGAUACUACAGAUCGAAAAUUAUCAAAAGCCCUUCUAUGUCAAUCAGAAGGCGACGCCAGAUUAUUACACGGUGUCUCGCGACGUCAUGGGCAACGUCGUUACUGGUGAGUCUCAUGGUGUGUCUUUCUCACAUAGAACAUGACGUAUUUGCUUGUAUGACCCUGAACCCAUUUCAGAAUGAAUUCUUGAUAUGCGGAAACGAACGGAAGUAUUCCGCUCAAAGACUUGGUAUUGUUGUAAUAAGUAUACUAGUUUUCUUCAUCAUGUUGGUAAUAGUUGUGACGUCAUAUCAAAAAGUUUUUAAAGCGCUUAAUAAAGGAAACCCUUUCUGUAAAAACAGAAUAGCGCCUGUCUCAAGGUCAAUCAGUCUGCCGUCAGAAGUGACAGACGAUACCUCUGCUAAUCCCCAAUCAAAUCAAGUCUGUGGAAUACAAAAUGGACAGUCGGAUAAAGCUGUAUAUACAAUAUCAAGAAAGGAUAUAAAGACAGAAAGUGACAUUGUUGUACAUUACCAGCGAAAUGACAGUAUCACCAUGCUAACAUUUGAGGACAUAAUUGCCCUAGAAAACCCUAUUCUAGCAACGCACAUGCGCAGACAGAUACUUCAAAGACGCCCAUUGCAGUUGACGCGAAGCACAGCAAGUAACAAUUCAGUGAAAUCUAAAGGUCAAGAUUUCACUGACAUAUCUGCAAGUGCUGACUUACAAAGAUUUCAAAAUUUCAAGAAUAAUUCCGCUUUAAGGAACUACUUUCUUCGAAGAGAUCGUGCAGGCUUUAACAGUGCAACAAGGAACAGUCUAGUGAUGUUGGCGUCAUUUGUCGUCUGUUCCCUGCCAAUGUUCGUCUGCACAAUACCGCACGUGCUCUCUCAAACCAAAGAAAGCCAUAGGGUACUGAUUUUAUUAUUUACGAAACUGGCAUUCUAUCUGAAUGCUCCAAUCUACCCUCUCUGGUAUCUCGUACAAAAUAAGCGCGUUCGCAAAUGUUUAUUCAGAGUGUUCGAUUCCAUUUGUUUGAAAUUGGACAUGAGGCACUAGGGACAACGAACAUUCUUGUUUUUAUCAGUAUUUAAAUAUUAUAAGCAGCCAUUCAAGAUAAAGAAUUGCUGUGCCACACAUUGACGGCAUACAAAAUACGUCAUUAUGACAUGUUACAUGUAUGUAGAGCUUUUGUGAACGUAUCUAAAAUUUUGCCCUUAUUUUUCUACAUUAUUAUGAAAUAUGAUGAUGCUAUUUCAAAUUGUUAUUUCUUGUAUUGAAAAAAAAAUCGAAUAAAAACAUUUUACGCUGGCAUUCCAUAAUUGUAUGUAACUGUAACAUGUACAUGGUGUUAAAAUGUACAUUCUUAUUUUCCUGAGCCAAACGAAAUCAUCAUAAUUUCUGUUGAUUCCAAGCAGAAAUAUCAUUAAGAUUGAGUGUACGACUGGUUGCAGAUGAAGGAUUUUUAGCCAUACUUUUAUUUAAUCUUGUUCCAUAUACGGAAGAAUUCAAGCUGAUAGAAAAUGUCAAAAUGCCAUUGUAGUUGUAACGCAUAUUUUUCUAGUGUUAUUAGCUCUUAUAUCUCCAGUGUUACUAUUUCUUAUACCGUCAGUGUUAUUAGUUCUUAUAUCUAAAGGGUUUCAUAUCUACCGCCAAUGUUAUUAUUUUUUAUACCUUCAAAUUUAUCAUUUCUUAUACCGCCAAUGUUAUUAUUCUUAUAACUUAAAAUACUGUUGAAAGACGGCGUUAAACCCAAAACAAACAAACAAACAAAUAAACAAACAAAUCAUAGUCAUCGUUUCUUGUAUAGUCCGUCUUAUACCGCCAAUGUAACUAGUUCUUAUAACGCCAGAGUAAUCAUAGUGAUUUUAGUUCUUAUACCGUCAGUGUUUUUAGCUAGUGCUUAAGCAACUGGCUAUAGCUCUAAAUCAACUACCAAGCGUUUGAGUUGUCCUUCUAUGUCUAUGUGUCGCAUCACACAAAUAUUCUGGAUGUGUAAAAAAUAGUCCCCUAUUUAUUUUCUUUAUAAUCUUGGUAUUGUGUGAGUAUGUGAGCAAUUGAGAACUACUGCUUAUACAACAAAAACAAAAAACAAGCAGCUAAUUAUGAACUUUAUAUUCACAUUCGAAAUAUUCGGAAUCACUCCACUUUAGGGUUUAGGGUUAGGGUUUAGGGUUAAGGUUGAAAUUGGCCCCAUGCACCCUGGGGCAAACUUAGUUUUACAUGGAGUUGUAUAGGGAAAACUUAUAAAAUUCUGUCUUGAACCACAGUGCACAGAGCUUAGAUAUUUGGCAUGUACUGAUCAUGUAGCAUUGUCUAGUGGACCGAUAUAUGCACUCUUCAGGUGUAUCGGUGGAAAUAUCAUUCAAUAAGCACUGGCUAUCAGUCUUUUCAGGGCUUUGAUUUUCAUAUACUGUCAUACCGCAAAAAUGGAAUAUAUUUUACGACUGUUUAUAGCGUAUAAGCUUUCAUUUCAAAUGCCACACCUGUUCUUGUGUUUAUUGGACUCCGCGCAGUUCAAACACCUUUCAAAAUAGUACAGUUUUUUUUAUAGAAUGUUUAUUAAAACCCUGUACAUGUACAAAGACGGUAAGUCAAGCCUUUCUGUGAAAAUAGCAUCAGUGUUAGCACGUUUUCUGAUACACCGAUAAAAGUCAGACAGAUCAAUGCAGAUACCAUUUAUAGAACUUACUUUAUUGAAUUAUUUAGCUUAUUCUGGCAUUUUAGAAUGUAAUUUACAAUCUCUCUUUAACUUAUUUCUGGCAUUUUAGAAUAUAAUAUACAGUCUCACUGGACAAUCAUUUAAGAUUAAUAUGACGGUAAAAUAACACCAGUAAAAGCAACACCAAAGAAAGUGUUUCUAAAAAUAAUAUCACGACAAUAUUCAGUACAUACUCGAUUUUUCGGUCUUAGGAUUUCAGUAACAAUUUUUAGC